AUGGCGACCAAUCCGAAGGAGGCGAGGUUCAAGAAGAUGCAAGAAUCAGCAUGGAAGGAUGUCAAACGUGCUUUUGGAGUGCUUCAAGCUCGCUGGAGAAUCAUUCGAAGUCCGGUGCGAGGUUGGUACGUCAAGAAUCUCAAGGAUAUCAUGAUGUGUUGCAUCAUUCUCCACAACAUGAUUGUGGAGAACGAAGGUGAUAGAGCUGACCAUUGGAGAGACGACGACGCAGGACACGGGGCGUUUAGCAGUGACUCGUCGGAGAGUGCUCGAGCAACACCGAUUUGCUUCGAGGAAUACGUGCAAAGAGAUGCAAUUCUUCAAGAUAGACAAAUGCAUGCUCAGCUCUAA